AUGACUCAAGAAUCGAAAGAAAAUAUCACUAUAAAAUCAUUAAGUGAAGAAGAAUCAAAGGAUCAGCCAAAAAUCACAGAGGAAAGUGCUAGUGUAUCCAGUAAAAGUGUAUUCGCAAGGUAUAAAUCUGGAAUCGAGUUAAAUUUAAUAUUAAGAGAA